GCGGUGCCGGCCCCGCUCCGCCCCGCGGGCCGCGAGCACCGGGCAUGACGGGUGAGGCCGUGAAGGUGCUGCUGCAGCGGCUGCAGGAGCUGCAGAGCGAGCGCGCCGAGGCGUACCGGCUCCUGGAGGAGGGUCACCAGGCGUACCUGAGCAGCGCACCCCACUAUGACUUCCCGCGGUACCGGCAGUUGGUGCACGAGGUGACGGUGGCCUUCAGCGGCAUCUCGGGCGAGGUGCUGCGCAUCGCGGGGCGCCUGCGGGGAGAGCUCGCCCGCCCCGACCUGGCCCAGCACCUCGCUCGCCUCCAGGAGCGCGAGCAGGAGAAGUUGCAGCUGACGGCGCAGCUCCAGCUGGCGCGGCAGCGGGCGCAGGACCAUCCCGACGCGGCCGCCCAUGAGCAGGAGGUGCGGGAGCUGAAGCACAAGCUAAUUAAAACCAUUGAGGCAAUCAGCGAAAUUCUCCAGGACCUCAAGUACGAUUCGGAAGAAGCUGAGUGAUGGGUGUCCCCAUGGGAACAGCCGGAGGGGCCGGACGGUCAAAGUGGGGCCCCACGCGCCCCCACACCACCCCAGCAAGGUGGGCGCCUUCCCCUCAGCCCCUUUUCUUCAGCACAGGGUGGAGAAACCCCCACCCCGGGAGAAACGGGGACCCCCCCUAAAUCCCGAGGCCCCUCAGCAGAGGGGUCUGGGGGGGAACCAAUUCCCUCCCCGGCUCCGCCAGGGCUUUCCCUAUGGGAAACCACACCCGGCAGUGCCAAGGGGUGCCGCGUGUUGACCCCUGUUGGGAGAGGCAUCUGCUCGAGCCCCACGGCAGCAGCGCCCCCAAACCUAUGCCCCCAGCCAGCUCCGGGCCCGCCCCCCAGGUGCCCCAUUCCUCCUCAUCCCAAAUAAACCCAU